CAUCAAGCAACAAAUUUAACAAUUCAGCAACAAAUAAAGAAAAUUAAGGUUAUCGAAAGAUGAGUAUUCCUGUAUGCAAACUAAUCAAAAGUUUUAGAGAAAUCUGUAACAUACGUCUCGCUUCAUAAAUACUUAUGAGUGCAUGUACAAAAGCCAUCCAUGUUGUUCGUUUCCACAUAUUGCAUUUUUGGAGGAUCUGACAUAGGUGCAACCAAUACAAUAUUUUUGGGGGGUUUGAGCAUCAUAGGAAGUCAGAUUGUUAUCACCUGUCAAAACCCUACUCAGCUUUCCAAGAGGAGUCUCUGAAUAUAUCGCGGAGUCUCUGAAUUUAUCCAAGUUGAUGACAUGCAUGUACACUUUGUCUCUCAUCUUUGACAACAUCGACAAAAGCAUAAUACUCGAGCUCGUAUCCAACAGAGGCAUUAAUAAAUUCUUUUUCAUUACUGCACGACGUUAUCUUAUCUGCUGCAAGUAUUGUACUUUUCUUCUUUUCUCCAUUCUUUCUUGUUUCAUUCCACCAUGAUCUUUCUUUCUUUUUGGUAAACAAGAAUGUAAAAAAUUGGGUGUUUUGGGGUGUUGUUUGUCGUUCCGGGUAGUUUGUUCGUAGUAUUAUUUGGUGAUAAACUGAUAAUCUUAUUAAUUUGCUAGCGUCAGUUGUUUUGUUACUAUCGUUUGUUUCUUGUGCUUAUAUUAAGUCUUUUCCUACGUUGUUUGCCCUCAGGCCAGGGGUCUAUCAAAAACUGCCUCUCCACCUCGUCUCUGAGGUAGUAUAGUGGUAUGGGCUGUGUACAUCUACCAUCCUCAGACCCCCACUAUAUAGGGAUAUACUGGGUAUUAGUCUGGACCCACGGGGAAGACUUGGAGACAUUACACAUGUGAUAUCAGUCUUUUUGUAUUUUAUAGAGAUAAAGCAUCCAGUACCCCCGAACUAUGACCAAAGUUGCUAUGAUACACUCCAACUUCACGGGGAUCAUAUUACCCCUGAACUCAAUUUUAGCAUACUUUAAUCACCCUCUGACGUUGCACCUUUAUUACAUAAAAUGGUGCCCAUAUCGAAAGUGUCACGCCAGCUAAAAGGUUGACAAAAAAUAUUACGUCAGCUAAAAUGGUUGAUAAAAUACGCUAAAAUUUAGUUCAGGUGUAAUAGGACCCUCGUGAAGUUAGAGGGUAUCGUAGCAAAUUCGAUCAUAGUUCAGGGGUUACUAGAUGUUUACUCUAUUAUAUACUAUGGAAUAAGAUAUUGGUCUCAAAGACAACAACAAAGUUAAUUUCUUUUUCUACUAAAGCAAUCAACGAGAUGAAGAACUAUUAUUAAUUAUUAAACCAAUAAUUAAUUGUUCUUCAUCUACCAUUAAUAAUGAUAGAUUAAUAUUGCAAUAAUUCUGACCUUAUACAACACAAAUUCCAGUCUGUUUGUGCCUUGAUUUGGCACGACGUUUAAAAAAAUAAUUCAGAAUAUUUUAUUUAUAAAGAUACCAUUUACAUGGAAGAUUUAUCAGAACUUUUUAACAUUAUUAUUCAAAGUUUAAUAAUAGAGAGCUCAUAAUUUCAGAUUGAAAAUAUUUGCAGAUCUCAUUCAUGGUGAUUAAUAAUUAAGAUCAUAAAAUUGAAGAUACUAAGAGAUCAAGAAGACAAAAUAACAAGAUUUAGAGCUGAGUUUCUACAGAAAAAUGGCUCAAAAUGACAUUAACAAUGAUGAGAUAGUGGGCUUUGAGAAUGAAGCAGAAAAAAUAAUUCAGUAUCUGAUUAGAGGUACAAAUGAGCUAGAUGUUGUCCCAAUUGUAGGCAUGGGAGGACAAGGGAAAACGACUAUUGCUAGAAAGGUGUACGAUAAUAUGAGCAAUGCUUCUCACUUCGAUGUUCAAGCAUGGUGCAUCAUCUCCCAAACAUAUAACCGGAUAAAGAUAUUGCAAGAGAUUUUUAGUCAGGUUACCAAUUCAAAGGAUAAGGGAGAUCAGGAUGACGACGUCCUUGCUGACAAGUUGAGGAAAAGUUUAAUGGGAAAGAGAUAUGUCAUCAUCUUGGAUGAUAUGUGGGAUGGCAUGGCAUGGGAUGACUUAAGGCUUUGUUUUCCGGAUGUUGGAAACAGAAGCAGAAUAAUAGUAACAACUCGACUCGAGGAAGUGGCUAAUCAAGUCAAGCACCAUACAGAUCCGUAUUCUCUUCCAUUCCUCCCACUAGAUGAGAGUUGCAAAUUGCUGCAGAAAAAAGUGUUUCAACAAGAAUGUUGCCCACCUGAACUACGAGAUGUGAGUCUAGCAGUUGCAGAGAAAUGCAAAGGGUUACCUCUGAUAAUUGUUUUGGUAGCUGGUAUUAUCAAAAGGAAUAAAAUGGAAGCCUCCUGGUGGGAUGAAGUUAAAAAUUCUCUCUUUUCCCGUCUUGGUGAGUCAGAAGAUUAUACUCUUUUGACUAUGCAGUUAAGUUAUGAUAACUUACCUGACUACUUAAAGCCUUGCUUUCUUUAUAUGGGGAUGUUUCCGGAGGACGAAAGAAUUCAAGUGUCUAAAUUGAUAAGUUUGUGGAUAGCGGAAUGCUUCGUGCAGAACAUUGAAUCUGCUGAAGAUUACUUGAUGCAUCUCAUUAGCAGUAAUGUGCUAAUGGUUGCAAAGAGAGAAUAUAAUGGUAAGGUCAAAUAUUGUCAGCUUCAUGAUGUAGUGCUUUACUUUUGCUUGGAGAAGAGUAGAGAAGAAAAAUUUAUGCAGGCAAUAAAGGGCGACUUUCAACCUUCUGAUUGGAAGGAAAAUCGAGUGAGUUGGAAUCCCUUCAAUCAGUGUAGUGAACUUAUAUCCGAGUUUGCAUCUUUGGGAUCCGAAACACAGAAGCCUUUACAACAAGAUUUGAUAUCACUGAUAACCACCAAUCGAGGAGGAUUUUCGGAUUCGAAUUUCUUCCGUAAGGUUAGUGAAAUGAGACUUCUUAGGGUCUUGGAUUUAAGUUCUCAUAGAGUGGAUAGUUUUUCGUCAGCUACAUUGAAACCACUAAUUCACCUGAAGUACCUCGCAAUUUAUACAGAAAAUUUCCAUUUUCAUCCAGAAUCACAUCUACCCCAUCUCGAAACUUUAUUUGUGGUGUGUCCUAAAUAUUCCAACUCUACAUUGUUACCAUCGAUUUUUUGGAAAAUGGAAAAGUUAAGGCAUGUUGAUUUUAUUGGUGAAUUAUUUUAUUUGGAAGAGUGUGAGCAGAGAAUGUUUGAAGAAUCCUCUAAAUUGGAAAAUUUGAGGAUAUUAAAGGGUGUUGGAUUUCAAGCUGAAACUCAAGAAGACAUCUCGUUUAUGGAGGAUGUGUUAUUAAGGAGGUGUCCGAAUCUUCAAGAACUUGACAUCUCUUAUAAAGGCAAUUAUUGGUCCUAUUCUCCGGAGCCUUAUAGUCUCAAACUGGAGAGUCUUACCCAGCUUCAAUCACUUCGUCUUUCCUUUGUCUUGAAAUUCGGGUUACAGUUGCCUUCGAAUUUAAAAAAAUUGGUACUAACAUGGACUCAUAUAGAAAGUGUCAUGCUCUACAUUGCAGGACUACCCAGCCUGGAGUAUCUUCAUUUAGAUAGUUUUUAUCGAUCAAAAUAUUGGUGCGUUGGAGAUGUCACGUUCCAUCAACUUAAGUUCUUGAAACUGGAAAAUAACUUUUUUGUCUCAAGAUGGGAUGUGUCCGAGGAAUCCUUUCCCUUACUUGAAACACUUGUUAUAAAAGGGCAUUGUUUGUUCGAGGAGAUUCCCCUUAGUUUUGCCGAUGUUCCAACACUGAAACAAAUCAAAUUAAUUAAUUUGUUUGGGUCCCAGAAAGAAUCUAUGAAGGCUUCAGCUGUGAGAAUUAAGAAGGAAGUAGAAGAGAGUGAAGGAUGCGACCGUAUAGACCUCAUUGUCAGAGGUUGAUACUAUGGAUAUCUCCGGCAGCUGUGAGUCAUGCCCGUAACCACAGCAAUGCAAAAGCACAGAUUGAGUGGUGGAAUUCUUUCUUAGCUAAUUGGUGCAGCAAUGUUCAUGAUAAAGUCUAUUGUGCGGCUUGCCAAAACGCCUGUCAUCUUAUCUUGUAACUUUACUACCGAUUGACAAGUUUGUUUUGAUGGCCAAUGUGAUAUCAGAUGGUAUUUCACUAUGAUUUCUUGUUGUCAAAACAUUGACGUUUCUUGUUUGCUUUUGUAGUUUGGUGGUUGUUUUCCCCGUUAAUUUCUAUAAUCCUUCAUCUUAAACCGGAAGGGGAGCCUUGGAGUAACUGGUAAAGUUGCUGUCAUAUGAUCAGGAGGUCACGGGUUCAAGCCUUGGAAAUAGCCUCUGGCAGAAAUGCAAGGUUCUUGUGGUCUUUAACAAGAUCACCACCAAAGUGGAAGUUUGAUAUACCAAUCAGUUACAACAACUAUGAAGAAAAGUUACAAGUGUUCUUGGAGAGAACGGUUAGAGUUUGUGACUCAAAUUUUGUUGAUCCGGCCCUGAAAAGUUUGCGGCGCGACCCAUGUUUGUGAUUUUUUGUGGGGUCUGUGGUGGUAGCAUAGGGAUUGGGCCUAGGAUUUAUUUAUACGCACGUAUUAUAUAAGUGUGAUUUAAUGGGUUGUUUUGGACGGUUUAUACACUUCAUUGAGACUUUCGUCUCCUCAUUUUACUCCUCUCCAUUAUAGUGAAUUCCUCCGCCUAUGCCCAUGGUUUUCUCGUGGGUUCCAUGUAAA